AUGGCUUCCAAGUCUUUGCCUUUGACUUUCACCACCGGUUCAUCCUCAAAAGCAGAGAUAAACCUCGACCCGCUUUCGGGCCGACCAUGUCUCUGUCUCAGUGUGAACCUGCAGAUGAAGCUGGACAUAGCAAAUUUCAUUCAGCUUCUUCAGCAGUUCGCGGCCGAUUCGACGGCAGCUGCGGUUGAAAAGCCUCGGGAUGUGGUUUCCAAAAAAGCCGGUUCGGUUGCGGUUCGCUCCGAGCAGGACUCCGCUCCCAGGCGGAAGCAUUGGACUUGGGAGGAACCCAUGUAUUCGUCGGAGCCAUGGAUCGUAGCGUAUGCGCAGAGGCCCGAUGUUUGCUGGCGCAAGGAAGAGUUGGUUUCCGCGGGCCAACCUUAUGUUGUGCUUGAGAAUGAGGAGCACAGGCAAGCUUUCAGGGAGACGACAUUCGAGCCGUUGCCGGUUCCUGAGAGCAGACCUAUGACCCACGGCAACUUCAAGGAAGCAGAAGCCAUUCGGCUCAAAGAAGCGGAAUCAGCUUCGGCCACUGGCCAAGCCAAGCACAUCAUCUCAGUCAACCCGCAAAGCUCCAAGUUCCUUCUCGCAGGAUAUCCCGUUGACUGUGCCAUGAAUGCAGUUUUGCCGCGCGUGUCCGAAAUGCGCAAGCACGUGGGCGAGCUUCUUCUGCAAAGGGGCGCUCUUGGUGCUGUCGGCGAACACAAGGCACGGCUGCUGCUCGACAUCGCCCAAUACAGCGAUGCGGCAGAGCACAAGCGCGUCGCGGAAGCCGCGGCCCGCCUUCCAGAAGGCGCGAUGUCUUUCGGGCUGUGCGCAAUGUGGUUGCUAAACCAGCUGCUUUGCAGGGAUUUGGAAUCGGUCAGCGAUGCAGAGCCGGAGUCGCAGCACGCGGUUCCUGCUGUCGCGGCAUCCGUGCCCAAGAGGCGACGCAACGCGCCGCGCGGCGGUCCGCGAGGUCUCGUUCUGGGGGGGGGGGUCGAGCAGCGCAUUUCGCAGCUUUUGGAGCAAAGUGGCGACGCAGGUCAGCGUCUCUGCUCAGGUCCGCCGGCACGGAGUCUGUGGUGCGUGCGUCAGCUUCAUCAUCCUACCUAA